AUGUCGACAGCAGUUGCAACAAUGAUACAAUCUCCCACAAGACCACCAGAGAUUCCUCACCAACUGGCAUCAUCAAAACUCUUGGGCAUGAGCAGUAGAAGAAAGGUCCACUUUCCUCGCCACAUAAAAACAGUAACGUAUGUGCUAUCACGAAGAGACUAUUCGAAUUCAGAGCUAAGGGAAUGCUUUUACACACCUGAUGAUCGAUAUCGAAUGGAAUCCGACAGACGACGCCUGGUAAGACGUUUGGAGAAAACAGAGCAGAACAAGAAACAACUGCCCUCUUCUCUACGGGGUUUGGAAUACCAGACAAGAGAAGGGAGCAUACGAUCCAAGAAGCGUGUGCGGUCAGUCAUUGACAGUGUCCUACAGGAGCAAGAUGAUCAGUUGGAACUCGAUGACUUCGACUACAAACGAAUUGCAGUCGCUUCACAGUCUGACUCUACCGAAAGCACACUAUUGGCGCUUCGUGCUGCAAUUGGCGAUCAACUAGCUGCCUUCAAUGUGUACCGUGAAUGGGCUGUGGACAACCAGGCUAUUUUCGAAGCCUCAACUGAAGGUGAACGAUCUUGCAGAUGCAACAACGAGUGA